ACAGCGCGGCCCGUCCGCUCCGCCCCGCCCCGGUCAGGGCCGAACGCGGCGCGGGGGCGCUCGGAGUCCCGCCCGCGCGGGCGCGCACCCCCCCACACGCACACACAUACACACGCACACACGGAAGUGCACCCCGGGCUGGCUCGGAGCCCGCUGCCGCCGCCGAGGCCGCCCCGGCGCUGCGUGCAACAUGGCGCUGGUGCCCUGCCAGGUGCUGCGCGCCGCCAUCCUCCUGUCCUAUUGCUCCAUCCUGUGCAAUUACAAGGCCAUUGAUAUGCCCGCGCAUCAGACCUAUGGAGGCAGCUGGAAAUUUCUGACCUUCAUAGACCUGGUUAUCCAGGCCGUCUUCUUCGGGAUCUGCGUCUUAACUGACUUGUCCAGUCUUCUCACUAAAGGAAAUGACAGUCAAGAGCAAGAGAGGCAGCUGAAAAAACUAAUUUCCCUUCGUGACUGGAUGAUGGCUGUUCUAGCUUUCCCUGUUGGAGUGUUUGUUGUGACAAUGUUUUGGAGCAUCUACAUCUAUGACAGGGAAUUGGUUUACCCAAAGCUACUUGAUAACUUUAUACCAGCAUGGCUAAAUCACGGAAUGCAUACAACAGUUUUGCCCUUUGUAUUAAUCGAGAUGAGAACAACACAUCAUCAGUAUCCCAGCAGGAGCUGUGGACUGGCUGCAGUGUGCACCUUCGCUGUUGGCUAUAUUUUAUGGGUGUGCUGGAUUCACCAUGUUACAGGAGUGUGGGUGUACCCUCUGCUUGAGCACCUCAGCCCAGGUGUCAAAAUAAUCUUUUUUGCAGCUGUUACCAUAAUAAUUAACAUAUUCUACUUGAUGGGAGAGAUCCUGAACAACUACAUCUGGGAUACCCAAAAAUGUAUUGAAGAAGGAAAAGAAAAACCGAAAUCGGACUGAACAAUAACAUGGAGGAUUUUUUAUGACUCCGUGGAAGAUUUCUCAUCUCCAACAAAAGUUGGCAUGGAGAGGAAUCUUUUGGAAGGGAGGAAGUUUAGCAGCCCUUCUGCUCAAUUCAAGGAUAUUUUGAGGUUUUAUAUGGAGGGAAAAAGGUUUUAGCUAAGAAUGAUAAUAUUGUUUCCACUUCCAUUCCUGUUUCGCCAUGGUGCAUGUGGCAUACACAUAUAAGAUGUAUAUUUAUCUCCACAGCAUUCCCAACAUGCAUUUCUUGCAUCAAGUAAGUCAUUAAAUCAUUAAGACAUUAAACCUUUUCACUUCCACCAAGAAGAACGAAUCCAUCCUUUGUAUUAUUUGAGAAAAGCUUAACCAGGUAGGUCUAAUAUGGGGAAACAAACCAAUCUUACUUAUUUCAAAGUAUGGUAUAAAAAUACAGUAGAAGUUAAUUGCAUGAAUGUAUCUGAAGAAGAAUUCAAUCUGACUGAAAUAUUAAUGUAACACUAUGUAACAGCUGCCUUAAAUUGUUGAUGUUAAUAAUUUUUUAAGUCCAGUAAAAUCUUAUUGUGGUGUUAGACUAUCUGAAUAUGAUGCAACUUUUCAUAGAUAGGCCUAAAUAAACAUGGAGUUAUCCCUA